AUGACAUCUAUCAUCAAACUAACUACCCUCUCAGGGGUGCAGGAAGAAUCUGCACUUUGCUAUCUACUUCAGGUUGAUGAGUUUCGAUUUUUAUUGGACUGUGGCUGGGAUGAGCACUUUUCAAUGGAUAUUAUUGAUUCCCUUAGGAAACAUGUUCACCAGGUAGAUGCAGUACUACUCUCUCACCCUGAUCCUCUUCAUCUUGGUGCCCUCCCAUAUGCUGUUGGAAAAUUGGGUUUGAAUUGCGCUAUCUAUGCAACUAUUCCAGUUUAUAAAAUGGGACAGAUGUUCAUGUAUGAUCUUUAUCAGUCUCGUCAUAAUACAGAGGAUUUUACACUCUUUACACUGGAUGAUGUGGAUGCAGCUUUUGACAAAAUACAGCAACUCAAGUUCUCACAAAUUGUGAAUCUGAAAGGCAAAGGGCAUGGUUUGUCCAUCACACCUCUGCCAGCUGGUCACAUGAUCGGAGGGACAAUAUGGAAAAUAGUCAAAGAUGGUGAAGAAGAAAUUGUUUAUGCUGUUGACUUCAACCACAAGAGGGAGAUUCACUUAAAUGGAUGUUCCCUGGAAAUGUUAAGUAGACCUUCACUGCUUAUCACAGAUUCCUUUAAUGCUACUUAUGUGCAGCCCAGACGAAAACAAAGGGAUGAACAACUACUCACAAAUGUCUUGGAAACACUUCGAGGUGAUGGAAAUGUGUUAAUAGCUGUGGACACAGCAGGCAGAGUUUUGGAACUUGCCCAACUUCUUGAUCAGAUUUGGAGGACUAAAGAUGCAGGCCUGGGUGUAUACUCAUUAGCACUCUUGAAUAAUGUCAGUUAUAAUGUAGUGGAGUUUUCUAAAUCCCAGGUAGAAUGGAUGAGUGAUAAAUUGAUGAGAUGUUUUGAAGACAAAAGAAACAACCCAUUUCAAUUUCGCCAUCUUUCUUUAUGUCAUGGUCUUUCUGAUCUGGCUCGUGUACCUAGCCCCAAAGUUGUACUUGCCAGCCAACCUGAUUUGGAAUGUGGGUUUUCAAGAGAUCUCUUUAUUCAAUGGUGCCAGGACUCUAAAAAUUCAAUCAUUCUAACUUACAGAACUACACCUGGAACAUUAGCACGUUUCCUAAUAGAUAACCCUUCUGAGAAAAUCACAGAAAUUGAGUUGAGGAAACGUGUGAAACUCGAGGGAAAAGAACUUGAAGAGUAUCUAGAAAAAGAGAAACUGAAGAAAGAAGCAGCUAAAAAACUAGAACAAUCAAAAGAAGCAGAUAUAGAUUCUAGUGAUGAGAGUGAUGUUGAAGAAGAUAUUGACCAGCCAUCAGCACACAAAACUAAGCAUGAUUUGAUGAUGAAAGGUGAAGGUAGCCGAAAAGGAAGUUUCUUCAAACAGGCUAAAAAGUCUUAUCCUAUGUUUCCUGCCCCAGAAGAAAGAAUUAAAUGGGAUGAGUAUGGAGAGAUUAUCAAACCAGAAGAUUUCUUAGUGCCUGAGCUUCAAGCCACUGAAGAAGAAAAAAGCAAAUUAGAGUCUGGCUUGACAAAUGGAGAUGAACCCAUGGAUCAAGAUUUAUCAGAUGUUCCUACCAAAUGCAUUUCUGCAACAGAAUCAAUUGAAAUCAAAGCCAGAGUUACUUAUAUAGACUAUGAAGGACGUUCAGAUGGUGACUCCAUUAAAAAAAUAAUUAAUCAGAUGAAACCACGGCAGUUGAUCAUAGUCCAUGGGCCACCAGAAGCGAGUCAAGACCUAGCAGAAUGUUGCCGAGCUUUUGGUGGAAAAGAUAUUAAAGUGUAUAUGCCAAAGCUACAUGAAACAGUAGAUGCUACCAGUGAAACUCAUAUCUAUCAGGUGAGAUUAAAAGAUUCACUUGUCAGCUCUCUUCAGUUCUGUAAAGCAAAAGAUGCUGAACUAGCUUGGAUAGAUGGUGUCCUAGACAUGCGAGUAUCCAAAGUAGACACAGGUGUUAUUUUAGAGGAAGGAGAACUGAAGGAUGAUGGAGAAGACUCAGAGAUGCAAGUGGAUACUCCUUCAGAUGCUAGUGUCAUUGCACAACAAAAAGCUAUGAAGAGUCUCUUUGGAGAUGACGAUAAAGAAACAGGGGAAGAGAGUGAAAUUAUUCCCACUUUGGAACCUUUGCCACCUCAUGAGGUUCCUGGACACCAAUCGGUGUUUAUGAAUGAACCAAGACUAUCUGAUUUUAAACAAGUUCUUUUACGAGAAGGAAUCCAAGCUGAGUUUGUAGGAGGUGUUCUUGUUUGCAACAAUCUAGUAGCUGUCCGUAGAACUGAAACUGGACGCAUUGGACUAGAAGGCUGCCUGUGCCAGGACUUUUAUAGGAUAAGAGACCUUUUAUAUGAACAGUAUGCUAUUGUGUAGAGGACCUGUUGUCCAGAUGAAUCUGUUUCCCCUUUCUAAGGGAAAAAAAAGGAGGGGUUCUUACUUUUUUUUGUUGUUUUCCUUUGUUCUGUAAUUUUAUACAGAGAGAACCAGUUGGGAAGAUAACAUUUUAAGCCCAAGAAAUUAUACUAAAAAAAGUGAAUAAUGCAGAACAUUUUGCUUAGUAGAUUUUGGACAUUCCACCUUUUUUGAUUUUCAAAUUGAUAAAUACCAUAACUUUGGCAAUACAGGCCCAGUAAUUGUUGUUGGUUUUCUUUAUAGACAGACCUUCUUUUCUAAGCUGGUGUUAUUUGAUUACAACAGUAAAAAUAGGUAAACAAGUUCUUGGUUUCAGAGGGCAUAAGUAAAAACCAUUUUUUUACAGAGUUUAGGCAAAAUCAGUUUUCUUUGUAUUAUUUUUAGGAAUGGAAAAAAUUGAGGGAUUUUGAAAUUAGGAAAGAACUACUCAAAGGGUAAAAAAUGGACUUUUAUAGGUUAUCUAUUUAAAUAAUCACAACAACCUUGUUAUUGUACAUAUACUCUUCCUCUGAACUCAUUUUCACAUCACACUUUCUCAGUUCCUGUGUUUCAAAGUGAUAAUUACUUUUACUGAGGCAAAAAUCAGUUUUUCUUUCUGUUUUUAGUCCUUUUUUUAAGCCUAAAAUAUAAUUUUGUCAUUUGAAUACAAAUAGUUCAAAUGAGCUAUUUGGUAUGUUGGACAUUCUAAUUUUAAUGUUAUAUGAAAGAAACAAACAUUGAACAUUUUUUUUAAACAAAGUAAUACUAUGGUUUUAAAAGUAUGUAUUUUUAUCUCUUAGACCUGCAUGCUUCUCUGAUCCUCAAGCAUGUGGACUUCACAUGUGUCAGCACCAAAAUGCUACCUAGGAAACAAAGUAAACUACCCACAAAACCAUAACUUUUUUGUGUUUUAUAACUCUUGUGUUAGCCACAAGAUAACCAAAAGGAAAUGCACUGUACUUAGUUUACACUGAAUUCAAAUCGUCUCAUUAAAGAAAAACCUUGUAAUCCAAUGAGUUUUUGUAGGAAGUGACAUAAUUGUGACAGGCUGGCAUUUACUUCAUCAGUUCAAGUUUCAAAUUUUAUUCCUUAAACUUGGCACUUUAGAUUGAUGGGUUUCUCUUAAAAUAAAAUUGAUCAGUUUCAUUUUCAAUUAUUUAUAGAGCUACUGAAGAUUCUUACUGCUAAUAUAAAGGCAACUAUAGUAUUUAUGAUUCAGACAAACUGUAUUACUAAUAUUAGUAAACACACACAAUUGAAUACUUUUAGUACUUUAAACAAAAAUCUUACAUAAGAUUUUACUACAAAACAGUAAUAGCAGAACUUUUUGUUGUGGUUAAAGCAGCUGAUAGUUUUAUCUUUCAUGUUAGUACUGAAAACUUUUUCUUUUUUUGUUUCUUGCCUAAUUUUUUUUACAUUCCAUGAGUAUAGAUUUCAUUUAAAAUGCUGCUAAAAGCUGUUGUGCAAACAAAUAUCAUUGCAAGAUUAGUAUUUUUUACCUGUUAUUGCCUGGCAGGGUUAAUAAAAUUUCUAAAAAGAAGAUUUCAUUUGCAUUUCCAUAGAAUUUUAUUCUCAAUCAUUAACCCAAAUAAAUUGUAGUUGUAAAACACAUACACACAUACAUAUACUUGGAGACUCAUAUAUUUGGUCUAGGCCUAUGAUUUCAUUUGAUAUAGAGAACUACCUGUGUGAAAACUUCAUCCACCAAACUCUAUCACUAGUAAUCUUCACUGAUGACUGAGACAUACAGAGGUACUUGCCCAUGGUCUCACAGUUAGUAUGUAUCAGAGGCAGAAUUUAAACUCAUAUUUUCCUCAUUCUACAGCCAACUGGCUACCCACUGUGAUAUAUUGCCUCUAAAACCAAAAAUAUAAGUAAUUUGGGGGUAGCUUAAAUUGUUUGUAGUAAACUCAGAGAAACUGUCAAAAUUAUUGUGUUAUAUGCACAAUUCCUGCAUUGUGUUCAUUGUACCUUUGCAAGAAGUAGGCCAAAACUGGGUUUUAUUUUGUUGCACAGAGGUGGCUAUUGUAUUUGCUGUAAUGAGUUUUCACUUUUACUGGAUUGAGCACAUUAUAAAGAAAAUUUCUGUAAAAUAAAGUUAUUUCCAUAUCCUA